CUCCCCUCUUUAGUUUGAUCCAAAUCCAACAUGUUGUUUUCAGUUAUUCUCCUGGGCCUCUGUAUUUUCUUCCUUCUUCUCCAGCUCAAACCUCGGAGACCCAAAAACUUCCCACCAGGACCCCCCACUCUGCCUAUACUGGGAAACCUUUUGUACCUGAACUUGAAGAACCCCUUAAAGGACUUUGAGAGGCUUAGGCAGUCCUACGGAAAUGUCUACAGCAUUUUCUUUGGUUUAAAACCAGUUGUUAUGAUCAAUGGAUUUCAGGCCAUGAGGGAAGCAAUGAUAGUCAAAGCUGUUGAUUUUGCUGGACGGCCCCAAGACAUGUUUAUGAAUGAUGUUAUUCAAAGAAAGGGUGUAAUUAUGGCCGAUUAUGGCUCAGUUUGGAGAGAUCAUCGUCGCUUUGCUCUGAUGACAUUGAGAAACUUUGGUCUUGGGAAGAAAUCCAUGGAGGAAAGAAUUCACGAAGAGGUUGAAUGCACAAUUAAGACACUGGAGAAAAACAUAGGUAAAACCCUGUGUCCUCAAUUUAUGUUCCAUAAUGCAGCCUCCAACAUUAUCUGCAGGGUUUUGUUUGGAACCCGUUAUGAAUAUGAAGAUGAGAUAAUCCAAACUAUUGUUAAGUGCUUUACUGACUUGACCAGGAUGGCCAAUGGAAUGUGGGCUAUGUUGUAUAACUCCCUCCCUUUCAUUCGCCCACUGCCGCUGCCCUUUAGGAAGGCCUUUAAGGACAUUGAGGUUUUUCUGAGUAUUGCAGUUGGUUUGGUGAAUGAACACAAGAAGACCAGAGUCCCUGGAGAGCCGCGAGAUUUUGUGGACUGCUAUCUCGAUGAACUGGAUAAGGAAGAAGAGGGAUCUUCUUUUUCUGAAGAACAGCUGGUAAGGCACACCUUUGAUCUUUAUAUUGCUGGGACGGACACCACCUCCAACACUCUUCUCACAGGCUUUCUUUACCUCAUGAACUACCCUCAAAUUCAAGAACGAUGUCAGCAGGAGAUUGACCAGGUCCUAAAGGGGAAGGAGAGAGUCUCUUUUGAUGACAGACACAACAUGCCUUAUAUGCAGGCUGUGAUCCAUGAAAUUCAGAGGAUUGCCAACACUCUUCCUCUCGGUAUCCUCCACAGCACAACUAGAGACACAGAGCUUAUGGGAUACUUUAUUCCUAAGGGUACAACAAUCGUCCAGAACAUGAUUUCUGUCCUGAGUGAGGAAGGACAGUGGAAAUUCCCUCAUGAAUUUAACCCUGAAAACUUCUUGAAUGAACAGGGAAAGUUUGUCAAACCAGUGGCCUCUAUACCUUUUUCUGCGGGACCUCGGAUGUGCCUUGGAGAGGGUCUGGCUCGUAUGGAGCUCUUCCUCUUCAUAGUGACACUGCUGAGGAAGUUUAACUUCAUCUGGCCAGAAGAUGCUGGUGAACCAGACUUUACUCCACUAUAUGGAAUAACUCUGACUCCUAAACCUUAUCCUAUGAAGAUCCAGCUGAGACAAAAACAAUGAGGGGCUCGGGAGUUUUGCACUUAAUAUUGCCUGAUUUAUUUGGUGAUGAAAACAAUUAUUUCCUUCAAAAAUGUUGAAUAAAACACAUAAAAACUGAAAUGUUAGGGCAACAGUUUAGAUAAAGAUAAAUCAUCUGAUAAAUUGUACAUAGCCUGUACUGGGGGUUUUAUCAAGGCCAAGUACCCCAGAGCUCUUUAGUCUACAUUUAGUAAUUCACCUAUUCACAUAAACAUUUAAAACUGAUGAAAUCUAGGCUAUACAUUUACAAAAAGAAACCAUCACUUAAAAACAUUUUCAUAACAGAUGAUAAUAUAAAUCAAAGGUUUAUAAAGCUAUUUGUAAGCAUUUGGGACUCAAAGUACCACAGUAAGAGCUAUUAUACAAAAAUUGAAAAAAAACAUUCAACAGGGGCGAACUGUCCAAACAGAGAUUAGCCCACCAAAUCACUCUUAAUGCUCACCGAAGUCUCAUAGAAGAGGUCUUCUGUGUUUCUGUUUUAGGACCUAGAGUCUUUGCAGUGAAUGACAGAAAAAUGGCCCUGUUCUCGAGCUAAAAAGCCAAAGGAGAAUACUGGGCUAUGAGCUUGGGAUCUUUAGCCAUACAAACAAUGAUCCAAAGCACAUCAGCCUGCAGCCUUUGAAUAUGAGAGGCCUAUUUAAAGUCUGGAUUUAGAGUUGAUUAAUUUUCUGUGGUAGAAAAAAAUAUCUAUGUUUUUAAAAUGUUUAA